CCAGGGUGUACUGGAGCACCACGGACGCCCGCAAGCGCUGUGUGUACACGUGCAAGAUAGUGGAGUGCCGCCCCCCGCUCGUGGAACCAGACAUCAACAGCACUGUUGAGCACGAUGAAAACAGGACCAUAGCCCACAGCCCCGCGUCGUCUACAGAAAGUUCAUCUAAAGAGAGUCAAAACACAGUGGAAAAUAUAAGUCCUCCGUCACCAGACCGACCUGCACACUCGCAAGCCUCUGGCUCCUGUUACUAUCAUGUAAUCUCCAAAGUCCCCAGGAUUCGAGCACCCAGUUACUCUCCAACACAGAGAUCCCCCGGCUGCCGGCCGUUGCCUUCUGCAGGAAGUCCUACCCCAACAACUCAUGAAAUCGUCACGGUGGGUGAUCCUUUACUCUCCUCUGGACUUCGAAGCAUUGGCUCCAGGCGUCACAGUACUUCCUCCUUGUCACCCCAGCGAUCCAAACUCCGCAUCAUGUCUCCCAUGCGAGCCGGGAACACUUACUCCAGGAAUAGUGCUUCCUCGGUCUCCAGCACAGGGACCGCUGCAGACCUCGGGUCCAGUGCCAAGGCAGCUGACCAUGUCUUAGGGUCACUGAACUCAAGCACUAAUUUGGGGCCAAACACGCCCUCUUCAAAUUUGCAAAGGACAGUGGUUACUGUGGGUACUAAAACCAGUCCCUUGGAUGGAGCUUCACCGUUAGAAGUGAAGCAUCCCAGUGCUUCAGACGUGACGUCCAAGAGCUCCUCUUUAAAAGGAGAGAAGACCAAAGUGCUGAGUUCCAAGAAUUCAGAGGGAUGUGCACACAACAUGGCUUACCCAGGGAUUCCUAAACUGGCCCCGCAGGUUCAUAACACCGUAUCUGGAGAACUGAAUGUUAACAAAGUCAGCACUUUUGCCAAACCCUCUCCAGUGCUGUUUUCUUCUAAAGAGGCCCUCUCCUUCUCACAGCUACAUUCAAGAGGGCAAAGGAAUGAUAGAGACCAACACACAGAUUCUACUCAGUCAGCAAACCCCUCCCCAGAUGACAGUAAUGAUGUCAAAACCUUGAAGCUUUCUGGAAUGGGCAACAGAUCAUCUGUUUCCAGUGAACAUGUGGGGUCCAGUUCCAGAGACAGGAGACAGAAAGGGAAAAAAUCUUGCAAAGAAACUUUCAAAGAAAAGCACUCCAGUAAGUCGUUUUUGGAACCUGGUCAGGUGACAACUGAUGAGGAAGGAAAUCUAAAGCCAGAGUUUGCUGAUGAGGUUUUGACUCCUGAGUUUAUGGGGCCUCGGCCAUGUAACAAUGUUUCUGCCGAGAAAAUUGGAGAGAAAGUCCUUUCUAUCCCAGGAGUUCCCAAAGCUUCAUCCAUGCAAGUAGAAGGACCUGCCAAAGAGUUACAGGCACCCCGGAAACGCACAAAGUAACACUGACACCUCUGAAAAUGGAAAGUGAGAAUCAGUCCAAAAACACCUUGAAAGACGGUAGUCCUGCUUCCCCUUUGCAAAGAGAGUCAGCAUCUCCCACAGAGCCACUUGCAGCCUCUGAAAGUCCAGGAGAUGGCCCAGUGGCCCAGCCAAGCCCCAACAAUACCUUAUCUCAGGAUUCUCAGAGUAACAACUAUCAGAAUCUUCCGGUACAGGACAGAAACCUCAUGCUUCCAGACGGUCCCAAGCCUCAGGAGGAUGGCUCCUUCAAGAGGAGGUACCCCAGCCGCAGUGCCCGCGCCCGAUCUAACAUGUUCUUUGGGCUCACUCCACUCUAUGGAGUAAGAUCCUAUGGCGAGGAAGACAUUCCGUUCUACAGCAGCUCGGUGGGGAAGAAACGAGGCAAGAGAUCAGCCGAAGGACAGGUGGACGGGGCCGAUGACCUAAGCACUUCAGAUGAGGACGACUUAUACUAUUACAACUUCACCAGGACGGUGAUUUCAUCCGGUGGAGAGGAGCGGCUGGCGUCCCAUAAUUUAUUCCGAGAGGAGGAGCAGCGCGAUCUUCCAAAGAUUUCACAGUUGGAUGGUGUUGAUGACGGGACAGAGAGUGAUACUAGUGUUACAGCCACAACAAGGAAAAGCAGCCAGAUUCCGAAAAGAAGCGGGAAAGAAAAUGGAACCGAGAACUUAAAAGAUUGACCAACCUGAAGAUGCUGGAGAAAAAGAACAUGUCAUCAAGGGUUCCGUUGGCCACAAAAAUGAGCCCAAGAUGGAUAACUGCCACUCAGUCAGUCGAGUUAAAACCCAGGGCCAGGAUUCCUUGGAAGCCCAGCUCAGCUCACUGGAGUCAAGCCGCAGAGUCCACACAAGCACCCCAUCAGACAAAAAUUUACUGGACACCUAUAAUACUGAGCUGCUCAAGUCCGACUCGGACAAUAACAAUAGCGACGACUGUGGCAACAUCCUGCCUUCAGACAUCAUGGACUUUGUGCUAAAGAACACUCCGUCCAUGCAGGCUCUGGGGGAGAGCCCAGAGUUGUCUUCGUCAGAACUCCUGAAUCUUAGCGAAGGGCUGGGCCUCGACAGUAAUCGCGAAAAGGACAUGGGUCUUUUUGAAGUCUUUUCCCAGCAGCUGCCAACGACGGAACCCGUGGACAGUAGUGUCUCCUCCUCCAUCUCGGCGGAGGAGCAGUUUGAGUUGCCUUUGGAGUUACCAUCUGACCUCUCUGUCCUGACCACCCGGAGUCCCACUGUCCCUAGCCAGAAUCCCAGCAGGCUAGCGGUAAUGUCAGACUCAGGGGAGAAGAGAGUGACCAUCACAGAAAAGUCCGUAGCCUCCUCUGAAGGUGAGCCGGCACUGCUGAGCCCAGGGGUGGAGCCUACUCCCGAAGGCCACAUGACUCCUGAUCACUUUAUCCAAGGACACAUGGAUGCAGACCACAUCUCCAGCCCCCCUUGCGGUUCUGUGGAGCAAGGUCAUGGCAACAAUCAGGAUUUAACUAGAAACAGUAGCACCCCUGGCCUACAGGUACCUGUUUCCCCUACUGUUCCCAUCCAGAACCAGAAGUAUGUGCCCAAUUCUACUGAUAGUCCUGGCCCAUCUCAGAUUUCUAAUGCAGCUGUCCAGACCACUCCACCCCACCUGAAACCAGCCACUGAGAAACUCAUUGUUGUUAACCAGAACAUGCAACCACUUUAUGCUCUCCAAACUCUUCCAAAUGGAGUGACCCAAAAGAUUCAGUUGACCUCUUCUGUUAGCUCUACACCCAGUGUGAUGGAGACAAAUACUUCAGUACUGGGGCCCAUGGGAAGUGGUCUCACCCUAACCACAGGACUAAAUCCAAGCUUGUCAACUUCUCAAUCUCUGUUCCCUCCUCCUAGCAAAGGAUUGUUCCCCAUGCCUCAUCACCAGCACUUACAUUCCUUCCCUGCAGCUACUCAAAGUAGUUUCCCACCCAGCAUCAGCAGUUCUCCUUCAGGCCUCCUCAUUGGGGUUCAGCCUCCUCCAGAUCCCCAACUUUUGGUUUCAGAAGCCAGCCAGAGGACAGACCUCAGUACCACAGUAGCCACUCCAUCCUCUGGACUCAAGAAAAGACCCAUAUCUCGUCUGCAGACCCGAAAGAAUAAAAAACUUGCACCCUCUAGUACCCCUUCAAACAUUGCCCCCUCCGAUGUGGUUUCUAAUAUGACACUGAUUAACUUCACACCCUCCCAGCUUUCAAAUCAUGCCAACCUGGUAGAUUUGGGCUCAGUUAAUACUUCAUCUCACCGAACCGUCCCCAACAUCAUAAAAAGGUCUAAAUCUGGCAUCAUGUAUUUUGAACAGGCACCCCUGGUACCACAGAGUGUGGGAGGAACUGCUGCCACGGUGGUGGGCACAUCAACCAUAAGCCAGGAUGCCGGCCACCUCACGUCGGGGCCUGCGUCUGGCUUGGCCUCCAGUUCCUCCGUCUUGAACGUU